UGGGGGAUAAUGUUGCUAGGGUGCAGUAAAACUCAAUAUUGACAGAUGUCAGAUUCGAAAAUGUUUAAACAGCGCCAGAACGGAAAAUGCUAUUUUAAAAUAUUGAUAAAUAUGCAAUUGUUUGUCGAUUUGGUCUGAGAAUAAAGCAUUUUAUUUAACAAAAUGUGAAUUGUACCUAUAUGAAGAUAUUGUUACAUAAAGAAGCAUAUCUCAUUGGAGACAUUGUGCGAUUGGAGACUUGCGGUUUCGAAGGAUUUUAACACCAUGUCCACCAACGUUGAUGACGCGGAUGACGAGUACUUAGAUGACCCGAUCUCAUUGUUGGUUAUUGAUGACAUCAAAACAGAAAUUUUUGAUGAAGAUCAAAUCAUCGACGUCAGUUCCGAUGAAGAGGACACAUGCACUUCAGCCUACGGGAAGAAGAACUUUGUACUGCCGGUAACAUUCUUUGAUAUAUCUAGAAACGUUAAACUGCUCAACAAGUGUAAGCCAUUGAGCAUCAGAAUAGUUGACUGCAAGCAAAAUCCCACGUACUAUAUCAAGGAUCAAGAGAAAUGUGAAAAUAAAUCUGUUGAAAGUUGUGUAGAAGUACAAAAUACAUGUAAUAGCGAAAAUAAACCGAAUAAUAUUAAUGCGGAAGGCAUUGUAAAUAUAAGCCAUUCGAGAGAAAAUGUCGGUGAAAAGUCGUUGAAGGAAGGAGAGAAGAAACGUCAGAGUGAUUCUUUCUAUGAGAAACUAAAGAGGCGCAAAGAAGAGAGGAAACGAAUUGCUCUCAACUGUAAGGAUUUGAGUCAAGUUGAUUUUAAAAGAAACAGAGGACUCGUGGGGUUGAAAAUAACAGAUACUAUUUUCAAACAAAUUGUAUAUACAGAAAAGGCCUUGAUUAACGCUAAAUGUUGCUCUGUUGAAAGCAAACCCAAAGAUAAAAAUCAAAAUGACGUCGAGAAGCUGUCAAUUACCUCAAAAACCCUCAUUUCUGAUAAUAAAUCUAAUGAACACCAAAAUAGCGUUGUAGAAAAACCAUUGGUUAUUGAAAAGUGUGUAAGUAUUGAAAAUAAAUGUGCCGAAAAUAAUGAAAAAUAUCACAGUGAUUCUGGAAAAGAUUUACUGUAUACAAAAAAUUCUAUAAGUUCUGAAGAUAACUCUAGAGGAAAUAUUGCAAGUGCUAUGGAAAAUUGGCCUGUAAAGCAAAGUACCUAUGUGGAAAAUAAAUCCUAUAAUAAGAAUGAAAAUAACAUACAAAGAGCAAACAUUGCACCCAAAAGUCUUGACAUUGAUAAAAAUAAAACUAAGAAAAAAAGUGAAAAUAUUGCAGAUAAAGAAAUGAAAACGAACACAAAAACUGUUGUAAAGUGUAAAGAAAAAAUACCAGAAAAUGCUCCAAAAGCUUUAAUUAGAAACCAGUGUAACCCUAAAGAAGAAAAAACUAAGGAGGAACUGAUAGUUACUACGUAUAUGAAAAAACUUGGUGCCACUUUGGAUGACCUGGGGACCUCGGUCAUACCGCUUACAAAUAAUCAUACACCGAAAGGUUCACCCAAAAUCUCUGAAAUUAAGAAUAUUAAGACAGGAGUAAGCCAAACCACGUACAAGGACGUUAAAGAUAACUUAGAUGUUAACAAAGUGUGUAGCGAAACACGAUGUAGUUCUAAAAUAUUGAGUAAAAAUGCACUUAAGAAAACUAAACCUGAUAGUAAAAAUGCUACUAAUAUAGUGUUCCAACAAAAUCCAAAGAAACCGCAAGCAAAAGUUAAUGAAAUUGCUACUAAUGUUCAUUUUAAACUAGACAAUAUUGAGAGUUCCGAGAUUUCCGAUAAAGGCAAAGAGCCAACUAAAAGUACGAGUAGUAAACAAGUAGACUCUCACGCAACGAAAAAAGUCGAUAAACUUAUUGUUAAAGAUGAUAGCAGAGACCAGGCUGGUCCUAACUCUCCCGUCAUACCCUGUACCACCAUUACCGUUAGAGCUGCGCCAUCUAAAUUUACUGAAAAAGUAACUUCAGCUAAGGUUACUGAUAUUACUGAAAAACAAGAUAGUGCAACAUUCUCUAUUACUCCACACAGCGACACCGGAACUUCCUCGCUACGAAAUAUGGCUGAAUCUAGAAGUACUCCUAGUAAUCUACAAAAACAAUCUACCCUUCCCCAUAUUUCCACUACAAGUCACUCAGAGUUAAUCAACUCCAAAUACACACCUACGCCAAGAUCAAAUGAAGCUACCGUACCAAAGACGAAAAUAAAUACAAACGGUCCUUUGAUAUGUAACCAAAACACGUCUAAUAUAAAAAUACUGAAAAUGACUGAAUUUAAAAAAUUAAGCAAUGAUCUAUGUGGUGCUUUUAGCAACUUGGAAAACAAUGUUUCAGCCAUUAAAAAACGCGCAUUGUCCGAUUCGAAUGUGUCCAAUAUUAACCCGACCAAAGGAGCUGACAUAAAUACCCCAGUUAAACCCUCUACACCAACUGGAAACAGCACGUCCGUGACUAAUCUGUUAAUAAACGGAAUGGUUAACAAUGAAUCAAACCCUAAUCAGAAGACGAAUAUGCCACCAACCUCCCAAAUUCCUUCCAAAUUUUCCGGCCAUAACGCUAUAAUACUUAGAAGACCGCCUUUGCCCCCAACGCGACAAUCACAAAACAAUCCUCCCCUAUAUCAAGGACAACCUAGUAACAGAUUCCAAUGUCAACCAAUUCCGCCUGGACCGAGACCAAUACGAUUUGAUUACCCACCGCCGUUCCCACCACCACAUCCACCACCAACACUCCCUUAUAAUCAUCCGAAUUUGACACAAGUCAGGCCUACGCCACAAAGGUUUCUCCUACCCAACAGAUUACCUCGUACUUAUUCAAGAGGAAUGGAAAUGGGUUUAAACCAAUGGCGAUUCUAUUACCCACCUCUACCUCACAUUUAUCGGCCUCCAUUAUCAGUUUCUAGGCCUCCAAGCCCGCAGGUCAAUAAAGAUUCUUUGAUUGGUAAUACGGCUGAUGGUGAUCCGAUCAAAAAAAUUAACAUUCCCGUUACACCAAUCGUCGAUAAUAAACAGAAGAUGUUAGCCGAACUAAAUAAUGCAAUGAUGUCUCCAGAACCAACCAAAAACCAGGAAAUCGGCAGACCUAAAGAUCUUAAGCGUAUAGCUGAUGCAAUAGACCCAAUAAAACCUAAACAUUCAAAACCUAGUCCUUUGUCUAAGAAAACUAACAUAGCCACGGAUUUCAGUAAUGUGAAAAUUCCUGAUAAAUUGUCUCCUAACAUCGGGUAUUCGCCUCCGAUAUUGCCUAUAUUUACGUACCAGGAGUCUUUUAAAAUAUUUUCUCCAAACGACAGUAAGAGCUCUGGAAUGUCUGGUCCCACCGACAUGAACCGUAUUCCGUUCAGUAUCAGAAAAUUAGAUAAGAACCAGGAAAGAAUAUCUCACGAGAGAAGAAAUGAAGAUAAGGCCAAGAAGAUAUCUUUCGAAGAUUACAGAAAAAGAGUUCUAAAAGAUGAUGUUGACAAAAUGGAUGUUAAUAAAGUGAGAAAAUGUAACGAGUCUAAAAAUGGUGCAGACGAUCACAACCAAGAUCAGGGUUAUGACUCGGAUUCAACUGUCAAAUUGUAGUUACUGGCUUUUAACUAUUACUAAAUUGUAAGUGACUAUAUGUAUAUAGUCUAGAUGAUUUAGAUUUUUUUUUUGCUUUUGCCCAGUGUUGUUAUUUAGUAAUUUAUAAAGUUUAAUAUGGAAUUUUCGUUAUGCCGUCAAAGUUUGAUGAGUAAUAAGUAAUAGUAUUUCGUGUUAGAAGUUACUAGAAAUAGGUAGAGUCUGUGUGGAACGAGAAUAGUCGUAGAAUGUAUGGGCUCCCUUACAUUCUCUUUCCGCACGCACUCUACGUUUACUUAUAUAAUUAGUUCCUACGCCCAGAAAGGUUUGUUUACUUUACUUUUAAUGAACUUUAUUUUUAGGGGUAUUAAAUUGUCUUUUUAGGCCUAAAGGACGUAAAUAGUUGUUUAUAAUAUUACACUUUGAAAUGUUACCCAAACUUGCACAGUAAGUUACGGACAUCUUAUGAGCUUAUGACAACUUUUUGUAUGUUUAAUUCAAAAUACUAUUCCUAUUUUAUCAGACUCUUGGGUCAUCCUGAUGUUCUCAGAUAAAAAUAAACAAUCGGAAACGGCCAAGCCAAGUAUUUUGAAUAAGGUGUAGAGUUUGUGAAGUUAGGGCUUGUGGAGUUAGAAGCUUGGCUCUACAAGAGGUCUGAUAACUUUUUGAUACUGCGAGUCUUAUGGUUUCGUCUUGGCAACAUGUUACAUGAAAAUCUUUUUGGUGGGUACCACUUACGGAUUAUAUGUAUAGUAGAGACCGAACGCCUAUAAGCUAACUCGGCACCCAUUUAAAAGACCAUAGUGGGGGAACGACGUCAUAAACGUUAUAUUUUAAUAAAGUUAGGACGCUAAGCUAGUAGAAUUUCGUACAUAUUGGCCCUUCUGUUCCUAAUUAUAUUGCUGUCCCCUCGAUGAUGCCGGUGGGCAAUGCCAUUAUGCGAACAGGACAACAAUAUAAUUAUGCGCGUGCGAAAGAGAUAAAAACAGGCUGGUCAAUGUACGAGUCUUCAUGCUUUGCGUCCUUACUUAAGAAAUUUGACAUUAAUGAUGACAUUACCACACUUUGUUAUUACAAUUGCCAUUUAGAGUUAAAUUGGUCCGUCUCUACCAAUAUGUUUGUUUGUAAAGUCAGUUGUAAGCAAUGAAUUAUUAUUACUACGUAUAGAACCAGCACAGAGAACCAGUAUUUUGCGCCAUGAGUUGUUGUUUUGACAACCUACCAUAGAAGCGAAGCGUGAAUCUCGCGACCUAAACGCGUAAGCGCCAUGAACCAAUGUUUUAGUCGCGAUUCUGACAAUUUCAUUGUUUGGUAUGGCUCCUCUAUAGUAAUAGUAACUCAAUGGUUGUAAAACAUUAAGCUGUUUAUCGUUAUUUUCAAUGUUUUCAUCUAACUUCAGGGAGUGUUUCUGUUAAUAAGUUCAAGUAAAUUUGCCUUUUGUACCGACAAUUUUAGUUCAUUCAUUGUGCGACAGAUUUUGUAUAAAUUUAACAUAAUGAUUGUUUAUAGAUUUUCAUCUUUUGCACUAUUCACUCUGGGUCAUACGUCUUUGAUCCCUGUUAUUGUUUACAUAAUUUCAUUUUGAAAAUCUUCAAUGUAUUUUGAAAAUGUUGAUUUUGCAUCGCCAUUUAUGUAUUAAAUAGGUAACUUAGCGGCACCAAUGACCGAUUAGAACCAAUAACCACAUUUUUUUAUUCAAUAAAAUAAGGACAGGAAACCGAUUUCAAAAUAUGGCAACACUGUGCAGCUACUGUGCCGGUUAUUAAUUCUUGUCGGCCAUUGGUACUACGUUACAUACUUACAAAUAAAUGAUUUAAAAACAAACAUUCUGUAUAUUUAUCGCACGUUUUUCUAAAUAAAACAACUAUUUUGUAUUAGGUAUUUUGUUCUAAGUGGUAGAAUUGUGUCGAGAUAUUUAAUUUUUCAUUUAUUUGUACCAAAGAUAAUUGGUGUUCCGUGUAUUCAAAGACUGCAAAUAUAUUAAGUUGUUGAUUCAAAA